GCAGCUGUCUCGGCCACGCGCUCCUCGCACAGUAUGUCCCUCUGCCGUUUCCGUAAGUCAUUGUUGACAACAAUCAUGGCGUCCUCAAUGUCACGUCUCUGCGUGGGACGUGUAUCUGUGCUAAAUGCAGCUUAUAAACUGGCCCUGAAUCCCAUCAGGUCUACAAGCACAUCAACAUCCAGGCUGGCAGAGAAACCAGGACAAGACACGCAGCUUAUUACCGUUGAUGAGAAAUUGGACAUCACCACCCUGACAGGGGUCCCGGAGGAGCACAUCAAAACACGGAAGGUUCACAUCUUUGUUCCCGCCAAAACAGCCAUGCAGUCGGGAGGCCACAACAAAACGUGGAAGCUGGACUUUGACACCAGGGAGCGCUGGGAGAACCCUCUGAUGGGCUGGUCCUCAACUGCGGAUCCCUUAUCCAACAUGAUGCUCAGCUUCUCCUCCAAGGAAGAUGCCAUCGCUUUCGCUGAGAAAAAUGGUUGGAGCUACGACGUAACGGAGAAGAGGAGCGCAAAGCCCCGAGUGAAGUCCUACGGAGCCAACUUCUCCUGGGACAAGAGGACCCGGAGGUCCGGCAAGUAAACUGAAGACGCCCAUCUGUUGUCGGCGUGACCCCCGAGUGUCCCGCAGCAGACCUGUAUCAUUCUUGUCAAUAAAAGCCUAAUUAUAUGUGUGUGAACCAAA